AAAGAUUACCACUACUCUCCAGCCACUGAUGUACUCAUAAUUCUUGAUAGUAACUGCGCAGACGCAAUAUCAUUUCUGCAGGAGCAGCAAUAUCACACCUUCAGUCGGAAACACAAUCACGAAAACGUCAAUAUAAUAAUAGAAUUUAAAAAUCUAUGUAAUAGAAAAUUAUGCUUGCUCUUGAAGCUUGCUCGACUUCAUCAGUUGUCUUGUUCAGUUGAUACAUAAACAUUAACAAACCUAUGUUAUAUUUGCAAGAAUGAAGAAAACUAUCGCUUCCGAAGGCCAUACAGAUGGCUCAUAUUUGGACCUUUAUUUGAUAACAAUGGCCCAACAGCGCCUGAAAUAAAAAAUCUAAGCAUGUUCGUUGAUUCAGAAGUGUUAGUUGCAAAGAAGAUAGAGAAUAACUACAUGCUAAGUUUAAUUUACAGAAUAUCAUCGGAGAGUGAAUGGUAUUCGGAAGAUUACGGAAUUUGGUCUAAACCCUACGGCCUAAACAAAUCAAGCGAAAUAAUUUUUUCAGCCACCAUACGCCGCAAAGAUCUUAGAGGUUUAACAAUAGUAACGUCACUCAUAAUAAGCGAUAACAGAACGAAAUAUGAAUUGUACGACUUCAGAAACCUCUUAGUCGACACAGUAACAAAAACUACAGUGCGUCACUUAACACCCCUGUAUCAUUUCAUGAACGCUACAAAAGCCUUCGUGUUCACCGACAACUGGGGCUACUAUAUAAACGGCUCCUGGAAUGGCAUGAUUGGCGACCUGGCGCGUGGAGACGCUGAUCUUGGAGGAUCAUUGGCAUUUAUAACAAAGGAAAGGCUGGCGGUCGUGGAAUAUUUAUCUCACCCAACUCCGAUCACAGCGAAAUUCGUGUUCAGAGAACCACCACUAUCGUAUCAACAUAAUUUGUUCCUACUGCCUUUCAAGACAACAGUAUGGUGUUGCAUUGGAGCAUUUAUUGUUCUCGUCCUAUUGAUUUUGUACAUUAACGCGCAUUGGGAUAUAAAAAAGUUUCAACAUUAUCGCCAGAAAACGAUGGAUUUUACGGCAUUAAGACCUAAUCUGAGCGAUAUAACAAUAUUUCUCAUCAGUGCUAUGGCACAACAAGGCAGCCACCAGGAACUUAAAGGUACCCUAGGCCGUUUGGUGAUGUUCAUUCUCUUUCUGACAUUCGUUUUCCUCUACACCUCGUAUUCAGCGAGCAUCGUGGCGCUGCUGCAGUCUAGUUCCAACCAGAUCCGAAGCUUGAACGACUUGCUGCAUUCAAAACUGGAACUCGGCGUGGAAGACGUACCUUAUAAUAAAUAUUAUUUUUCUACCGCCACAGAACCCAUCCGCAAAGCUAUAUAUGAGACUAAAGUGGCGCCAAAAGGAUCCAGACCGAACUUCAUGAACAUUGAUGAUGGAGUAAAGAAACUGAGAAAUGAACCGUUCGCCUUCAACAUGAACACUGGUAUAGGAUACAAAUAUGUGGAGAAAUACUUCCUCGAACACCAAAAAUGUGGACUGCAAGAGAUUGAGUACAUCGAAAACAACACGCCUUGGUUGCCUUGCAAGAAACAUUCGCCAUUUAGAGAAAUUUAUAAAGUCGGAUUAUUCAGAGUCAACGAACACGGAUUAGGGGACAGAGAGAAUCAACUAGUGUACGCCAAGAAGCCGGCAUGCACCGCCCGCGGCGGGAACUUCGGCUCUGUCAACAUGAUAGACUUCUAUCCGGUACUACUGCUGCUACUGUAUGGGAUGAUCACGGCCUUUCUACUCCUGUUCUUAGAAAUCUUUAUACAUCAAAAGCAAAUGGCACUUACAUUGUCAUGGAAUAGCGCGCUUAUUUAAUAUACUUACUGCUUUUAUAACUAAACGUAAAGCUAGUCGAAAUCAUUGUAACAGUAAAACUGCGAUAUUGCAUUUAACUUAAGAGAUGGAGCUAUAUAUUUACCUACGUCAUUAUGGCAGCUAUUCGUUCGAAGUUUACCUAUAUAUGCAGCAGAGUUGGCAGGUAUCUGCGAUAAUUUCAUUCUAACACGCAACUGCAGUCAACUUCACACCAAUUUGUAUUUGCAAGCACGAAAAAUCUAAUAAAUAAACAUUUUUUUUGUUUAUUUAUUACCAGCACUUGUUUUGAUCAUAUUAUGAUAAAUACCUACACAAUUAUAACAAUGCAUCGAAAUAUAAGGACACGUUUCAGUAUUGAACUAUGGGUGACGUGUUCGCGGUAAUUUCCUAGUAUCGUUUUGCACACAAAUAAUCUCACUUAGAACGAUAGAUCGUCUUUACGAUAAGCAUUUCUUUGUAAUAAUUAAUAAAUGUAAUAAACUUAGUACAAUAA